AUUCGUCAUCUGCAAGACUGCAAGCAACCCUUUCCAGAAGAACAACAAUGGCGACAUCUCUGAGCACACCAAAGCUCGGCACCACUCUUUCUUCCUCAACUCUCCAAACCUUCAUAUUCCGUCACAAAUUAUCAAUCCUCAACCGUUCUCCAUUCCUUAUCACUUCACAAUCACCAUCAUCAUACAGCUGUUACACACCGACCUUAAAUCUCUCCAAAAAAGCCCUAGGGUUUCUCUCCGAUAGCAACCGGAAGUGCCGCCGAUUCUCCACCAGAGCCGAGUCGACUAACGGCGCCGAGCUGCGAAGCUAUGACUUUGAUUUGUUUACUAUUGGUGCUGGUAGUGGUGGUGUUAGGGCUUCGAGAUUUGCCGCUAAUUUUGGGGCGUCUGUUGCUGUUUGUGAGCUUCCGUUUGCUACUAUUUCUUCUGAGACUACUGGAGGUGUUGGUGGAACGUGUGUGCUUCGUGGAUGUGUACCGAAGAAGCUGCUUGUUUAUGCAUCUAAAUAUUCUCAUGAAUUUGAGGAGAGCCUUGGUUUUGGAUGGUCAUACAACUCUGAACCAACACAUGAUUGGAGCACUUUAAUGGCUAAUAAGAAUGCCGAGUUGCAACGUCUAACUGGAAUCUACAAAAACAUUUUGAAUAAUGCAGGCGUCAAAUUGAUCGAAGGACGUGGAAAGAUUGUGGACCCACACACAGUGGAUGUUGAUGGGAAACUCUACACUGCAAGAAAUAUUUUAGUUUCAGUUGGUGGACGCCCAUUUAUUCCCGAUAUUCCUGGAAGAGAGUAUGUGAUAGAUUCAGAUGCCGCCCUCGAUUUACCAUCGAAACCGACAAAAAUUGCAAUUGUCGGCGGCGGUUAUAUUGCACUUGAGUUUGCUGGUAUUUUCAACGGUUUGCAAAGUGACGUACAUGUAUUUAUUCGUCAAAAGCAGGUUUUACGUGGGUUUGAUGAAGAGGUUAGAGACUUUGUAGCCGAACAAAUGUCAUUAAAAGGAAUUGAGUUCCACACGGAGGAAUCGCCACAAGCAGUUAUCAAAUCUGCAGAUGGGUCGCUGUCCUUAAAGACUAAUAAAGGAACAGUUGAUGGCUUCUCACAUGUUAUGUUCGCCACAGGACGCAAGCCCAAUACAAAGAAUUUGGGAUUGGAGACUGUGGGUGUGAAACUGGACAAAAAUGGAGCAAUACUAGUUGAUGAAUAUUCACGUACGUCGGUUCCAUCGAUUUGGGCAGUUGGAGACGUUACCGAUAGAAUGAAUCUAACCCCUGUUGCUUUGAUGGAGGGCGGAGCAUUAGCCAAAACCCUUUUCGCAAACGAACCUACAAAACCCGAUUUUAGUGCUGUACCUUCUGCAGUAUUCUCUCAGCCACCAAUCGGGCAAGUCGGUGUUAGUGAGCAACAGGCGAUAGAAGAAUACGGUGACAUCGAUGUCUAUACAGCAAAUUUUAGGCCCUUAAAAGCUACUCUAUCGGGCCUUCCAGAUAGAGUUUUCAUGAAACUUAUAGUGUCUGCAAAAACUAACCAAGUGGUCGGGUUACACAUGUGCGGUGAAGAUUCAGCAGAAGUUGUUCAGGGAUUUGCUGUCGCUAUUAAAGCUGGGUUGACCAAGGCGCAGUUUGACUCGACCGUUGGUGUUCAUCCUACAUCAGCGGAGGAAUUUGUCACCAUGAGGACACCUACAAGGAAAAUUCGAAAUUCUUCAUCUGGGGGUAAGACGGAUUCUGAGGCAAAAGCGGCUGCAGGAGUUUAGGGAGAGACAAGUCAACUAAAUUGCAUUGCAAUACUUACAUAUAAGGCACAAGAUCCUACAAGUGAGGCCUUAUAUGUGAGCUGAGGUGUUUCUUGACAUGAAGUAUUACUCGAUAGUCAUGGUCAUACUUCAAUAUCUAUUGAUGGAUGAAGGUUUUGAUGUAUCAAUCAUAUUUCCCAUGUAUUUAUUACAAUUUGUGAUUAAAGAUUUCAUAAAAUUUAUUUAUCACUGUAAAAAUCUAUUUUUGGGAUUAAACUAUUGAUAAUUUCGCGCCGGCCCAAAAA